UGAAAAGUCGAAACAAGUCGGUUCUUUAUUCUGUGGUCGAAAUUCAAACUGGUCGCGCUUUCUGUUGUUCUGCUGCAGAGAAUUGGUUCUUUAUUCGAUGUUGAAGAAACCGUAAACCAUGGUCUGUAGCCCCUAAAGCUGGGCUGUAGUUCAAUCAGGGUGCUGAUUGUUGCUCCUUUGUUCCUUGUUAGCUAUGGUAGUUCACUGUACGUUGGUUUGCAGUCUCUGUGGGCGGAUAUCGACCGUUUAGACGCAGGCCAUACCGUAUCCCGGUGGAACGUACAUUUUCUGGUUAAACUGCUGUCAGGAUUAAAGAUAUGGAUGACGACCUUUAUGCCAGGGUUCGUCAACUGGAGGCAGACCUGAAGCAGGCGGCCGAGAUUGGGAAGGCUCUCUUAACCAAGAAUGGGCACUUGGAAGAGGAGUUGGAACACACUCACAAACGCUAUGUUGCCACGGUCGAGAAACUUGAACAAGAGUUGCACAGCACACGGAUGAAGUUGGAAUGUAGCAUGGAAACAGAGAAAUGUCUCAGUGCUGAUCUGGAACAUGCCAGAGAUCAGCUUGCUAAAUCAAAGAAGGAAUCCUUGACAUGUCAAGUGGCACUGAAAAAGCUUCAAGCUGCUCUUGAUGAAAAUGACAGAACAUUAUCAGACCAGGCCUUCAUGGCUGAAAAAGAGAAGCUGCAGAAGCAAGUACGUCGCCUCGAAGAGCAGCUGUGUGAAAGUCGGCAAAUGAAUGAACGCCUCCUGUCCCACAACACCAGCUCUACAGCGAGCAGCCCCGAUGCCCUGGACUCCUCACAAGCGGCGUGCGAGCAGGAGAUGCAGCUUGUUCUUGGACAACUGCACGAUGAAAUAGCCGAGCUAAAGGCUGAAAAAGAAGCAGCAUUGCAGCACCUUGGCGAAGCAAAGGAACGACUGAAAGCCACCUUGAAUGACUUAUCCGCACAAAAGGCGCUCUUUCAAAAACAAGAGGAUGAGUGUGGAGAACUUCGUGCCCAGUUGGAGAGUCUGCAGAUGGACCAGCUGGAUCCCAAGCGGCGAGGGAAUUCCCUCUUCUCAGAAGUGGAAGACCGGCGGCUGAAGCAAGAGCAAGAGCUCUUAUCUUUGCGCACACGCUAUCGCGCGCUACAGGAGAAGGAACGCUUUUUGCGGGAGGAAGUUCGGCGUACUCGGAACCAGAUGGCCCUGAUUCUGGCCACGGGAUCAGUCAACAAAGCAGACGCCCGCCAGCUACGUUUGCUUCAGGAGUCGCUGACCUGCGCCAAUGCUGAGAUUUCUCGUCUCACUGGUGCUUUGGCGAGGCAGACCAACGAGCAAGCCUCACUAGAUAACACACUGUUGGACGGUAACCCUCUGGCAGGACUUCUGAAAAUGGAGAGGCAGCGAGUGAAGGAAUUGGAGAAGGAGCGAGCAGCGCUACUGAAAUCGAUUUCCGAACGGCAACUGCGCGAAGAUCGCCUGCUCAGGGAGACCUACGAGGCUGCGCAAAAGGCCGAAGCCUCGGAGGCCCGUCUACUAAAGGCCAUGGUUCGCAAGAGUGAGGAGCAACCCUUAUCUGCAGGUUUUGAACCCAGGAAAGAAGUCUAUGAAAACCUGGGCAUGGUCGAAGACAAGCCACCAGUGCUGCGGGAGGUGAUACCAAUGCGACAAAAAGCUGAAACCGUCGCGACUUUGGGGUCCAAGUCGACUGACAGUUCUGCAGGCUGUGGUGGAACAGAGUCGAAGAGCUGCGGUGGUGCUCGCCCAAAGGUUACAUUUGAGGAGCACAGUGCUAAAGAGAAUAAGCCUGACGCAGAGCCUGACGGCAAGAAGUUCAAGCGCCGCGGCACUGUCUUGAAACCUCUGCUAGAAGUGAAGAACACCGGAAAAGUAGUGACCGAAGCUCCAGAGUGUAAGCAGCAGUGAUGGUACAUUUAUUCCAAUGUCCUUGUGUAGUUUUAUCUAAGUACCUUUUAGUUCACUGCUCUUGCUUCUCCGAAAGCACUAGAUGUGUAUUUAUUUGUACUGUCUGUGACGAAUAAUCAAGAAUGAAAGUUGUAAUUAGUAUGCCACCUUCCUUGUCCUGCACUGCAGUCCAGCACAAAUGACAAAAUGAGCUAGAAAUUGUCAAGCUUUGUUAGCUAUCCUUAACUUGCCAUCAGAAGCUUCUGUACAUACCCCAUGGUGCAAUUUUCUCAUCUUGUGCAUUAUUUUUAUUUGCACUCUUUUACUUUAUUGACA